GGGAGGGGCGUGGCGCAGCGGGGAUUUCCAUCCGUCUGCAGCCUGUCACAGUGGAGCACGAUCUCUUCAUUUGUUCACAUGCUAAAGCUGUCAAACCGGUGGUCAUACUCUGUCGGACCUCUUUCACGAAGCCCUCAGCGCAGAUCAGACCAACAAUAUCGACACUUUGGUUCAAAAGCUUCGCGGUGUUGCCAAAGUCUGAGAUGAAAAGGGAUGAAAGGCAUGGAUAUUUUCAACGGUACUUCUGAUUCUUUGCAUGAAUUAUCCUGGGAGGCAGAACCGGCAUUGUCCCUGCCCAGACCUGAGCCUCCUCCUGACCAGCAGCUCACAGAUCAUAGUCUCUCUGACAUUGAUUUUUUCUUCAAAAUCAUCAAUGAGCACAGGGACCAGCAGAUGCCCUCUCUUCCCAGACCCCCCUCUCCUCCCUCUGGGAGCCACCUCCAGUCACAAAGCACCAAUGUCAGUAAACCCAGGCUGGUGGCAAGAGGGACUGCAUGUCAAGCAUCGUAUAACUUGGUGCGGCCUUUAAGUGGUUCCAGCAGGAACAUGAUGGCGACCCCUCCCUCAUGCUCACUGCCUGGGACAGAGCUGCUAGAGCGGGUCCUGGAGAGGCCCACUCUGGUGGUGGUGGAGGAGCCUAAAGACCGGGGCAUGAGGUUCCGCUAUGAGUGUGAGGGCCGGUCAGCCGGGAGCAUACUGGGAGCGUCCAGCUCAGAGUCCAGCAAGACUCAGCCUGCUAUAGAGAUUCAGGGUCCUAUUGAUCACAUUAAGAAGGUGAAAGUUACAGUUUCUCUGGUGACUAAGGACAUCCCACAUCGGCCUCACCCACACUGCCUUGUUGGAAAAGACUGUCCUCACAGUUCAGGAAUCUGUGUAGUUACAUUUAAUCCUCAUGUGAACCGCAGACACAGCUUUGCCAACCUUGGCAUUCAGUGUGUGAGGAGAAAAGAGUUGGAGGCAUCACUCCAAAAGAGGAGAAGUCUGAAUAUUGACCCAUUUCAAACUGACCUGUCGAGGGGUAUUGAAGACAUAGACAUGAAUGCAGUACGCUUAUGCUUUCAAUGUGAGCUGGAGUGGGAGGAUGGCAAAAAGGACUGCCUCAAGCCAGUUGUGUCAAAGCCCAUCUAUGACAAAAAGGCUACAACCACAUCCCAACUAAAGAUUACAAGAUUAAACCUGGAUCGAGGGCCCUGCACUGGCAAGACUGAGGUGUACAUGUUGUGUGACAAAGUGCAGAAAGAUGACAUUGAGAUUGUCUUUCGGCGAGAUUCUUGGAAAGCAAAUGGAGAGUUUGCCCAGACAGAUGUCCAUCGGCAGGUGGGAAUUGUGUUCAAGACACCGCCGUAUCAGGACCAGAACAUCACCGAGGAGGUGGAGGUCAGUUUGUGUUUGCGCCGCAUCUCUGACCAGAUGGAGAGUGAACCAGUAACUUUCAUAUACAGCCCCCGCAACCCAGAUCCUUAUGAAGUUAAGCGUAAAAGAAAGAUUAAGUCAGACAUGAGCUUCACAGAGAGAGCGUGCACAUCAGAGAAGAACACCUCUGCUGCAGACCCAUUCCAGAUUUCACCAAACCCUCCUGGAUCGACUCCAUCCUCAGAGGAUCUCCUUCGGGCUCCGCCUGGCCCGUUUCAGGGUGAAGCCUGUUACAUGGAAGCCCAGUGCCCCAACAUGGCUCCUGAUGAAGCCUCUCUCAUCAAUCAGUUAAUGGAGAUGCCUGGAUUUAUGGACAUAUUUUCUGACCCAAGUUUUUCCUCCUCUCUUCCCUCUGGCUUUGACCAGGGGCCUGAGGCCAGCACCACCUUCACAAACAUGGACAUGAAUUCUGGCCCUUACUUCCAGGACUUUUCUCAUUAUAAUGAUUUACAGUUUAACAUGCUGGUCAAUGAGAGUCAGACUGCUUCAUCUGAGAUGGUUCAGGUGAAGACUGAAGAUGAGGUAUGAUGUGACAAUCACAAAACUUACACAAAUGCUGGAGAAUUGUGCUAGUUAAAUUACCUGUCAACAUAGAUUAACUGACGCUCAACCAGAUGAAUAGCAAGCACUUUAUAGGAGGAUUUUACCUGUAUGUAUAAAUGUAUAUUUUAGCCAUUAAACUGCAAAUAGACUGCCACAUGUCUUAACUUAAACCUAGCCUUGCUGGUCAAGGUCUUACCAUUUGACACCGCAACAAUAUUCCUAUUUAGGAUGUUCUGUGUUGGCAUGGCUCUCAAAAGAGUAAUCGGAGCAAGACGGACUUUUGGCCAGUAUGAGAAUUAAAACCCUCUUGAUCUGGAAAUAACUGUGACAGAAAAACUGGUGUCUGAGGUUUGCUGCCGGGCUGUCUUCGGAAGGACAAGAAGUACAUUAAAACUCAGUGAAACUUGCAUUAUUACAUAAAAAGUCAGUGUCCUUUGUCCUAUCAGCCUGCAGAUUUAAGUGUGCUUUUUCUUUUUUGUGCCUAAUCAGCUUCAUUCUGCAAGGAUGACACUGAGUCUGUGAAAGUUCACUUCUAUUCAAAUACUGUCUUUGGCUCAAUGCUUAUUUAAAACAACUCAUGUCUUGGUACCGAUUAUUAGUGUAUUGUUGUUGCUUGUGCUAGAAACACUAGUUUAAAUGGCUAAACGGUAGUAUCUCAUAUUGCUUUGUUUCAGUCUGAAACCACAAAACAAUAAAAUGUGUAAACCAGUAAAUGUACAAUGUACAGUGCUUUGUUUUAAAUUAAUGAUGAGGAA